AUGGCAGACAGAUGGUUACUAGAUGAUAACUUUGAAAGAAUAUUAGAAUGGUUAAAUAAACAAGAUAAAGAUCAGUAUACCAAAAUACCAGAACAAACAAUAUCAAGAAUAACAACAAGGCCAAGCUCGCCAACAUCACCAACCUUCUUUGAUAAAGCAAAAG